CCGGCAGCUGCAACGCCUGUCCUCUUCGAGUUGCUUCCACUUCUCGUACCAAGUUUCCUUAACGCGUUCAUUUUCCAGUUCCUUGCCGUUUGCGCGCAAUGCCUCCUUCAAGCUCCAAGUCCAAGCCCAAGCCCUCCGAGGUCGCCUCAGAAGCCAAGAGGCAUUACAUCCCCAAGAUCAGGAGAGACUACCAAUCGACCUGGCCGACCUGCUCCUACAUCUAUCACCAGCCGCUGCUGCAAAUCAACUUUCCUGAGAGGCCACUUGAUCUCUCACCCCCUUCCUUCUACGUGUACCACGCAGAGCCCGUCGACUUCGCUCUGGAAUGGGUUGCACGGGCACAGUGUGCCAUACCUUUGAUCUGCGCGGCCAACGACAAACGCCCUGGGGGAGAUUGGGAAACCGGCGUUGUCGGCUAUGAGGAACGCCUCUGUCGGCGAAGCACCCUUGCAGCAUGCCUGGCCACCCCAGCAGAGGGUUCUCCGGCGGACACCCACUACCCGCUCCCGAUGUGCGCCGGCGUCCUGUCGCAAAGCGUUGUUGUCUUCCGUGGGCCCCACGACCGAUACGAAAAACUGCCCGAGGAUCAGUGGCGAGCACUACCCGUAGUGUCGGUCCCUCCGCCGCGGUGGCCCAAGUUGACGCAAAACGGGACCAAGUACUCUUUUUCCGAUGAGCGCGAGAUGGUCAAGGAAAAGCUGCGCGGGGCGCUCCGCAUCUGCGCAUACAACGGCUACAGCACAGUGGUGGUAGGGGAUUUUGGCUUGGGCAACGGCUACCGGAAUCCGCCCCAAGAACUUGCCGAACUGUGGCGGGAGGUGUGCCUCUACGACCCCGAUUUGCGUGGCCGGAUCCGCUGCGUAACGUUCGUGUUCGAGGAUCCCAACCAGAGUACAACGCAGUUGAUCCUGGACGACAUAGCGAAGAAGGCCAAGGGAAGCAGCAGCAGCGGCUCGUCGAGCAGGUCCAAGUCGAAGACCAGCUCAAGCUCGAGCUCAUCCGCCUGCAACUCGCCCACCGACUUCCAGAUCUUUUCUCAGGUGUUUGACCCCAUGGAGAUCCAGCGGUUCCUGGCACAGCCCGACGCGAGAUAUGGUCUCAACAAUCUGCUCUCCUGAUGGAAUCUCGUUAUCUGGUUUUUUUUUCUACAGGCGUUACGGGUUUCGGAGAGUUGGGAACUGAUCUACUUGGACUGUUCGGCCACCUCUUUGGGACAACCCUCAUUUGUGUCACCUGCAUUU